AUGAAGUCUUUAACGCUAUUUUCUAUAUUGGCUUUGAUAUGUGUAGUAUUAGCCGAUCCGGAUUACGAUAACCAUAACUUUCAAAUCAUAGUUAAUCAAGCUGCUCCUUGUUGUGGGGAGGUUGGAAAUCCAACUGGUGGUGUACAAGGUCCUCCAGGCCCUCCUGGCAUGCCAGGACCUCCAGGCUCUACUGGUUUACCAGGUCCUCCAGGCCCAUUAGGUGGCCCUGGUUCAGUCGGUCCGCCAGGUCCUGCUGGACCAACAGGUCCAGCCGGUCCACCAGGUAUGCCAGGUCUAAAUGGUCCACCAGGCGUACCAGGAAAAAAAUAG